CUGAACGAUAAAUCACCGGUCGCGAUUCAUUCGCAUAUUAUAAAAGGAACCGGGCGUCAUUCGCUCAGUUUGCGCCUGACAACAGGAGAGAGUACAGUGUUUCUUAAAUUUUUAAUACCAAAAGACCAAUUUUUAGGAUUUAAUAGAUCAGCACAACUCAAGAUGAAGCUUCUUAUAUUCACGCUGUGUUUAGUUAGUGCGGUUUUUCAUAGUACAUCGGCAUCGGAAAGCGAUUGCAAGGUGAACUUCACAGAGGAGCACGGCACAAUCAUCUCCUCCAACGCGACAACCGCCAACAAGAACUGCACCUGGAUCAUAAAUCUCCCUCCCACCAAGUUGAUAAAGUUCUUCUUCUCCCGCGUAUCAAUGCGCAAUCCAGAGAACUCUUGCAUCAACAAUCUCUCGAUCAACGAGACCAUCAAUGGAAACGAUUCAAGUCUCGGUCUCUUCUGCAACGACUCCACCCCACUCCCUUUGACAACCACCACCUCCACCGCACGCAUCACCUUCCAAUCCAACAACUCGAUGCUCCAGAACUCCACAAACUCCCACUUCCAGUUGAUCUGGAUGUCCCUGGACAAUCCCAACGUGACCCAGACAUGUUCAAAAGCCAUCAACGAACCCUCCGGUGCCCUAAUGUCCCCGAAUUACCCCAACGGUAAUCCCCUGCCAUUCAACUGCACCUACAAGAUCAUCCAAUCGCCGGGUAAAAUUAUCCAAUUGAGCCUGAACGAUCUCCACAUAACUAAUGACAAUAAAACCUGUAACAAUCGUUUGAACAUAUACGACGGUGAUGACGAGAAUCCAACUAUGAUUGCUUCAAUUUGUGACUCCAAGUACUACGUACCCAGUCGAGUAUUCAAUUCAAGUACAAAUUACAUGACCAUUAGAAUAAUCACGGAGACACCAUUGGCGAAGUACCAGGGCUUCCACGGUGUCUUCGAGACAAUUGACAACAGAUGUGGAGGACUGCUGAAGGAGAACGGAAGCAUCCAUAACCCGGGCUUCGGCGCCGAGCACGAGGCCAACAUCAGGUGCAAGUGGAGGAUCCAAGCGCCCAAGGAUAAGGUCGUCACGAUGAAAUACUCGAGCUUCAACAUCGCCUGGGAUCCACUCUGCGAGAACGACUACGUCGCCGUGACUGAGGUUCAUGCCAAUGGGACCAGGGGAAUGCCCAGUAAACACUGCGGUCCUGAAAUCCCUGGGGCAAUCAUCAGCAACACCUCGGUGGUGGAUGUCGAGUUCAGGAGCAAGACGAAGGACCUCCUGAAGGGAUUCAAGCUUGACUAUUCCAUUGUUGAUAAUAAGGGUGAUAAGUGAGGGGGAGAGGGGAUUUACGUACUGUAUUUGGGGGGACGAUGCUAACGGAAUGGUUGAAU